UUACUCUGCACUUGUCAGGUGUUCAUCAUAUCGAAGAGGACUUUCGAAGACACCAUCUCAGCCGGGUGGUUUCAUUGUCACUUAACCUUUAAAAUGGACGUCCUCUCGCGACCAGCCUCAGAGUUUGAGAAUGACCACAGCCUCGAGCUUCUCUGGGCCGAGAAGGCAUACGAACACGCCGAAGUAUACUUCAACAUGCUUUGCAGUGUGGAUCCCCGCUACCUGAAUCUCACGCCACACGACGACGUGAUUUACCGGACGUUUCGGAAAGAAUUUCCGGACUUUGAUGUGGCCGAAGUGAACGAGGAUGAGCUCAAAAGCACAGCGGAGAAGGCAAAGUGGAGGAUUUUCAUAGAGAAGUUUAACAAACUGGAGAAUUUCAGCUACGGGACGCUGCUGAGGCCAAGAUCCAGUGAAGAAUUUUCGGCAGACAACGCAAUUCUGGUUGUGCGGAUACAAUUCCUGGCCAUUGAGAUUGCCAGGAAUCGGGAGGGCUUCAACGAUCGGUGGCGUAAACGCCCGAAUCCACAGAAAGCGUCUACCAAUUAA